CUCCUGCUCCUAGACCAGCUCUCCACUUCACUUAGGUCGUGCUGUGACCAAGGACAAGGAGAAAAUGCCACGAAAGAUUGAAGGUUUCUUCUUAUUACUUCUCUUUGGCUAUGAAGCCACACUGGGAUUGUCAUCGACAGAGGAUGAGGGUGAGGACCCCUGGUACCAGAAAGCAUGCAAGUGUGAUUGCCAGGGAGGAGCCAAUGCUCUGUGGUCUGCUGGAGCUACCUCCUUAGACUGUAUUCCAGAAUGCCCAUAUCACAAGCCCCUGGGUUUUGAGUCAGGGGAGGUCACACCAGAUCAGAUCACUUGCUCCAACCCAGAGCAGUAUGUGGGCUGGUAUUCCUCAUGGACGGCGAACAAGGCCCGGCUCAACAGUCAAGGUUUUGGGUGUGCUUGGCUUUCCAAGUAUCAGGACAGCAGCCAGUGGUUACAGAUAGAUUUGAAGGAGAUCAAGGUGAUUUCGGGGAUCCUUACCCAAGGACGCUGUGACAUAGAUGAGUGGAUGACCAAGUACAGUGUGCAAUAUAGGACUGAUGAACGCCUGAAUUGGAUUUACUAUAAGGAUCAGACUGGAAACAAUCGGGUCUUCUAUGGAAACUCAGACCGGAGUUCUACAGUCCAGAACUUACUGAGGCCCCCCAUCAUUUCCCGCUUCAUCCGACUGAUCCCUCUAGGCUGGCAUGUCCGAAUUGCCAUCCGGAUGGAGCUGCUUGAGUGUGCCAGCAAGUGUGCCUGAUGCCUAUUUCAGUUCAGGCCUGCCACUUGCAGAGAGAGCUUUGUGGGAGGGGCACCUCCCUGAAAUACCACUGUGAUGAAUGGGGCUAUAUUUUAUAAACACUUUACACGUAGAUCUGGGCAGAGAAUAUUUUACUUUUUAAAAGAUAGUUUCAAAUUUCAAUAUGAGAGAGAGAGAGAGAGAGAGAGAGAGAGAGAGAGAGAGAGAGAGAGAGAGAGAGAGAAAUAGCACUCAGGGCCAAAGAAAAUAAGAACAAAGAAAAUAUCUCUCAAACCAAUUUUCUUACACAAACCCAAAUAGCAGGGGUAAUUUGCUGCUCUGGUUUCCCAUCUUUUUCUCUUUGUCUCAGUGUCACUGUCUAAGGUGCAAACCCAGGGGAACACAAAGCAGCUCUGAUGAUUUGAAAAUUCUUUUUGGCUCCUUAGCACAUUCAGAAGAGGAACAUACUAUUUUGCAAAGUUUCAUAUGAACACUUUCAUGAAAUACUCACUAGAGAGGCCUGGAAACAAAUACAUAGGCAUGAAGAAAGCAGAGAGAAGCCUGUCAUAUGGUCCCAGAGUCUGUAAACAGUAACCAACCAACCAACCAAGCAACUAACCAACUAACCACCAGUCAAGGCUUCCCCUUCCUGAAAUUGCUUUUGCCUUGAAGGGGUUUGGGCUUUUAGCCAUAGGACUGAGGAAAUGAGGGCCGGUUGGAGCUCCUUUUGCAGAAACUCCAUUCUGCAGCCCUUUUGGCAAUGUGUCCUUCUGUGGUUGCCAGAUGAAUUCAAGGGGCAGGCUACAUGUGUGUGGAUAGUGAGGGUUCCCUUAUACUGAGGAAGUCCAAAUGACUAGAA